CCGCACUGCACUUGGUGUCAUCGCUCAGAAGCGCAGCGCGCCCGAACCCACUCGCUAUGUGGCGCAACUACACCCCGCUUCCCACUUGGUUCCUUCUUCCUUUGGAUUUCGAAACGAACGAUCCGCCGAACCUCUGCUGCUCCUCCCUGAGCUUAGUGUACUGACUGAUCCAACGCCGUACUCGGAAGCGGUGCUCUCCCGAGCAUGACCGCCGAGCGAUAGCGACGAUGUCGGUCCUCUCGCGGGCUCGAGCGCCGACGAGCGCAGCUACUACCCUCUGGUUCUCCCGGCUACGGCGUCCCGCGUACUCGACAUCGAACAUACUCCUCUGGGCGCCGCGCCGGUCCAAUUACUCUGCUUCGGGCUAUACCAGCAGCUACGACCCCAAUCAGGACACAGGGCGCGGGCCCAUCUUCAACAAGCACACCUUUGGCGUGCCGCAGUUCUACCCGCGGGACCUGAAGGCGCGGGUCGACGACUACGUUGUGGGCCAGGAGCGCGCAAAGAAGACGAUAUGCUUCGUCAUAUUCAACCACUACCAGGGGCUGCGACGGCGGCAACACCACGAGCUCCAGGACCAGCGAUUGAGGGAGAAGCUCCAGAGGCAGAAGUACGCCCAGGAACAGGAGGACUUCGAGCGCGCCGGCUACAACAGCACUCGAACGCAUCCCGUCGAAGAUGAAUACCCCGGCCACCACGAGGCCGUCCGAGGUACCCACCAAAUGCCAGACAGUCCGUACGAGCCGUCUGCGGAUGACUUCUACAUCCCAGAAGACUUGUCCCCGCCGGAUCGCGUAAAGAUCGACAAGAGCAAUCUGCUCCUGAUCGGACCGACCGGCGUCGGGAAGACGUACAUCCUCGAGACCCUGAGCAAGAAGCUCAACGUGCCCUUCACCAUCAGCGACUGCAACUCAUUUACGCAAGCCGGAUACAUUGGGCAGGACGUCGAGUCGUGCAUCGAGCGAUUGCUUAUCGAGGCCAAUUACGACGUCAAGGCUGCCGAGCACGGGAUCGUCGUGCUAGACGAGUUUGACAAGAUUGCCCGGCGCGAGACGGUCAACGGGAGAGACGUGGGGGGUGAAGGGGUGCAGCAAGCUCUCCUGAAGCUUGUCGAAGGCACCAAGGUCACCAUCAACAUCAAGGAGCAGCGAUCCUCCCGAGCGACGAACCACCCGCCCGGCGGCUACGGUCCGCCCAACCCGCCGUCGACCCCUCCGACCGGUAAGGCCGAGCAGUAUACCGUCGACACUACGAACGUCCUGUUUGUGUUUUGCGGCGCCUUUGUCGGGCUGGACAAGACGGUGCUCCGGAGAGUGGCCAAGCCGUCGAUCGGCUUCGGCUCCGAUAUCCGCGGACGCGGCACCUCGCUGUCGGGCAGCAAGGACAUACUCCCGCCCGAGAUGUACCAGCACCUCCCCCACCAGCCGCCGUCGCGCGGCAGCGGCGGGCGGGAGGCGGGCGGGUUCACCCCGCUGGACCUGACCACGCCCGCGGACCUGCAGGCGUACGGUUUCAUCCCCGAGCUCAUCGGGCGCCUCCACAACAUCUGCGCCCUCUCGCCGCUGUCGCUCGACGAGCUGUACCGCAUCCUCACGGAGCCGCGCAACAGCCUGGUGGCGCAGUACACGGCCCUGUUCGAGACGUACCCCAGCAAGCUCGCCUUCACGCGGCGCGCGCUGUACGCCAUCGCUGAGCGCGCCGCCAAGAACGAGACGGGCGCGCGCGGCCUCAAGAUGGAGAUGGAGCGCGUGCUGGCCGAGCCCAUGUUCGACGCCCCGGCACCCUACGUCCUGAUCACGGAAGGGUGCGUCAAGGGGUACGAGAAGGCCGGCUACUGGGGCAAGGACGGGCGGCUGGAGAUGGAGCGGCGCAUGAGGGAGGAGGACGAGGGCCUGGACGCCGCCGGCACUGCCAGUCCCGGCCACCACGCGGGCUUCGAGCAGUUCCGACAGGCUGGCUUGAGCGGGGGCUGACCGGAUUCUAGACAGGUAUGAUUUGUGCGGACCAUUCCUUCUUUUUUUUUUUUUUUUUUU